CGAACGCGCCAGUCUUUCGGUGCCCGCGAACGCGGCGUAGCUAAGCAGUCGCCAUGCCCGUGGCCAGGAGCUGGGUGUGUCGCAAGACCUACGUGACCCCGCGGCGCCCCUUCGAGAAGUCGCGGCUCGACCAGGAGUUGAAACUGAUCGGGGAGUACGGGCUGCGGAACAAGCGCGAGGUGUGGCGGGUGAAGUUCACGCUGGCCAAGAUCCGCAAGGCGGCGCGGGAGCUGCUCACGCUGGACGAGAAGGACCCGCGGCGCCUCUUCGAGGGGAACGCCCUGCUCCGCCGCCUGGUGCGCAUCGGGGUCCUGGACGAGGGCAAGAUGAAGCUGGAUUACAUUUUGGGGCUGAAAAUCGAGGAUUUCCUGGAACGCCGCCUCCAAACCCAAGUUUUUAAACUGGGCUUGGCCAAAUCCAUCCACCACGCCCGCGUGCUCAUCCGCCAGCGCCACAUCCGGUGGGUCCCAGCCCAAAAUUGCUGAAAUCCCCCCAAAAUUUUGGGUGAAAUUCCCACAUUUUGGGGAGCUCGGCAAGGCUUCACUGCGGCUCCGCCGUACACCUUGCGAAGGGCAGCAGAAAC